AUGAUAUUGGCAGGGUUACAAUCGCCAAUGCUCAGCAAAGCAGUGCUACUGAGUGUGGCUGCUUUUGCAACACUGCUUAGUUACACGUCGGCGUCCAGAUUCAUCAGCCCUGGCGUCAAUUCGACCAUCGAUUUCGCCGGACAGCUUUUUCAUCUGGAAUACUAUGGAGCAAAUGGCAACUUGAGCAUGUCCAUUUAUGCCCAGCUGACCAUCACGUCGCUAGCAUUCGGAUCAGAAGCAGUAGGAUUGGAUGCAUCUAGGGUGCACGGCUAUAGCUUGAGCCAGCCAUUGAACUUGGCCACUGUAUAUCCAAACGCUUUUCAGCCGGAUACUUCGGAUGAGGAUCGUGCAGCUUACAGAUACAAUGCAUACGACUAUAAUCUGUCGCUAGCAUCGCAGCCGCUUGACAUCGACAGUGGCACGAGGUUGACGGCUUUUUAA